GAGGGAGGUUUGUCCCAGAGGCGAUUGCCUAGAAAUAUUAGAGUCUCAUCUCCGAUAGAAAAAAGGUAUGCGAGGUAGAAAUUCGACCAUAGGAAGUAAGGACUACAAGAUGAUUGCUACUAUUAUUUAGAUCUAUCUCCUCAAUAUCACAAUAAAAACCUCUAUCCUGAUUGUCGUGAAUUUCCUCUAGCAGCAGCAGCGAUGGCGGUUAUCUUGACGGAACAGUGCCUCGGUCAGCGCGUGCCGACUCAGACGACCGUCGGCGUCGCGACAGUGUCGUCUUCGAUUGCCAAUAACGUGCCUCCCGGUGCGUCGACUCCACCUUCAUCCUCACGACCGAAAAAGAGCGACUUCGUUGGAGCUUCUGCCGCCUCAGGUUCGGAUGACGUGUUCAAGAAUGAUAAACACGACUCGCAGAAGAAGACAAACCGAGACGGACUAUUCUUCGCAGAGUUCUCGCCGUGCGACGCCUUCGUCGCGGCAUCAGAUUCUAGUGGUCGAGUGCACCUCCUGCAUGCAGCAAACGACUUCGAGCCAUUGCGAGGAAUACUGGAGUGUGGGAGAACCAAAGUUAUGCUUAUGCUUUGCAGAUUUUUUCAUUUCGAGAAGAAAUUACGAUAACAUGAAGCUCGUCCCUGGACUACAGCCAUUAUUUGUUUCUACGUUCGUCAUGGUUUUCGUUCUUGUCGUGUCCUUCACCAAAACCAAUCUAAGACGUGCAAGCAGCGUGCAUCCGGUUGUGCGUCUGUGGCUUUCAAAUGGCGACCAGAAGGCGGACACAUAUCCCAAAAAAGCCUACUGACAGUUGCACGAACUGAUGGCUUCAUUCAGCAGUUCCACGCAUCGACCGGCCGAUCGCUUGGAGAAACCGACGCAUACGAAGCUGCCGUGGCUGGUGGGAACGGCAGUGGCGAUCCAGACGCAUUACCAGCACUCUUCUGCAUUGACUAUGUCCCAGAUGGUAAAUUCAACGAUUCGUGUGGAGAUGUAGGUGAGGUGUGCAGCUGCACUAGUUGGUGUGAGGUUGCUGAUGAAAAUUCUAAAACCUGCAUCACGAACAAGAACAUGAAGAUGCAUAAAUUACAAUUAGUCUGUCUGCGAUACCCUAUGAAUGGGUACACUAUGAGUAUAUAUAUUUUAUAUGACUACCACUACUACUGUGUCAUAGAUAUAGAUAUAGAUCAUAUUCGUCUUCCAACAGGUUCACAGUUUGCGACGGGAGGUAAGGAACCAGAAGUCUUUAUAUUCGACGAGAUGACCAAGAAGAAGAUGAUGACAUUACAGCGAAGUGAUAAGAACGGUGGUGGACACAACAGCCGCGUUUGUGCUUGCAAGUUCUCUAGCCGCUCAUUGCUUGUUACCGGAGGUUGGGACUCAACUCUGCAAUUCUGGGACCUGCGAAAAGGAUCCAGGAGCGUCCAAAGUAUCUUAUCGUUAAUGGGCAAGUUCGUUGCAUUUUGGUAGAUGCAAGCGUCAAAGCAUGCCAUCUUUGAUAUUCAAAUUCAACAACCCAUUCAGGUGUAUACGGGCCUUCGCUUACUGGUCCAGCGUCGCUUGAUGUGUCAGGCCCGCUCGUCUUGACAGGCAGCUAUCGCCAGCAAGACUCCUUGCAGUUGUUCGAUAUGCGAAAGUUGUUGGGUGGAAGCGGUACCGGCGUGCUGAAUUCGCUCGGUCUGUCAUCCAUAGACCAAGUGGCUGGUAAUAAAGAGCCUAGCUUCUCUUGCUCUUCGACCGAAGCCUACCUUUUUUUUAUGUUUGUUUUUUAUGCUGGAAAAUUGACUACACGUAGUGCGCCCUAGUGGUAAAUGUAGCAUGAUAACGAUAGAUGCUUCUUUUUGUCGAUUUUCUCUUCUCUCCUGAAAUCGUCAGAUUUCGCUCCGCGUGAUGUACAGCUGACUACCGCUCAAUUCUCAGCAAGUGGGUCACAUAUUUGCAUAGCUGGAUCUAAUCGGGACGCUAGCAGUGGGUUUCUUCGCGUUUCCGGCAAAAUGGAUUUGGUGCUGCAUUCAGGAUCCUGUUCUAGUGCAAUGUUUGCCAACAAAACAGAGAAUCUCGUGGUUUGCACGUCGCGCGACGGUGUCCUACGAGUGUUGCAGGUGUAAUCUCGGGAUUCUCUUGUGUUGUGCAGUUCCCUGGGAGGGACGGUGACUAGCAUUCAUUCACUUUCGUUCAAUUUUCGCAGCACAGGAGACGAUCUCUGCGUCUACGGAAAUCAUAGACAUUUGAACUACGCAGAGAGCAUUUUGUGAACGUCAGUCAUAGCCAUGAAAAAUAGACACUAGAAUCCGAACUCAAAGCCAUGCAUCUGAGUGUUUGCGUGCUUGAAGGUCAGCCUCGGGGAGCGUCCUUUAACCGAAACACUCUCCGAAGAAGGAACGACGUUCAGAGGAGC